UGGCAGAUGCUGGACUUUCCAGCAGCUGUGAUAUAAAAUGGAUUUUAUAUAAAUGUACAGCUCUGAAUGAGGUCAGCUUCACAACAUGAGAAGGCAGGAAAUGUGACUUCAUGCAAGCGACUUUACAGUAAAUAUAUUGGGGUAUAGCAUAGCUGUCACUAUGGCAACGAGCGCUGUUCCCAGUGACAAUCUCCCCACGUAUAAGCUGGUAGUGGUGGGGGAUGGGGGAGUGGGGAAGAGUGCGCUCACCAUUCAGUUCUUUCAGAAGAUCUUUGUCCCUGAUUACGACCCCACCAUCGAGGACUCCUACCUCAAACACACUGAGAUUGAUGCCCAGUGGGCCAUAUUGGACGUUCUGGAUACAGCAGGCCAAGAGGAGUUCAGUGCUAUGAGGGAACAGUACAUGAGGACUGGGGACGGGUUCCUCAUCGUGUUCUCUGUCACAGACAAGGCCAGCUUUGAACAUGUGGACCGCUUCCAUCAACUCAUCCUCAGGGUGAAGGACCGGGAAUCUUUUCCUAUGGUUCUUGUGGCCAACAAAGUGGAUCUGCUGCACUUACGUAAAAUACCCAGUGAUCAGGGGAGGGAGAUGGCUAGUAAACACAGUAUAGCUUACAUUGAAACCAGUGCUAAGGACCCAGCCAUGAAUGUUGACAAGGCGUUCCACGAGUUAGUUAGAGUAAUCAGGCAACAGAUUCCAGAGAGGAGCCUGAAGAAGAAGAGGAAAACCAAGUGGCGGGCCGACAGGUCCACUGUCUCCCACCGACUGCACUGUGUUGUCCUAUGAUGUUUUUUUACUUGUACAGCUGCUCCCUACAGGACAGGGGGAAGAUGAUUACAUUUAGGAGUGUUUACUCUCUACACAUAGUUCCAGGAGGCAGUUUGUACCCUCUAUCCUGGCACAUGAGUUAGGUGGAAGGGUCAGGUCCAGCAGCACAGGAGUUUCCCAGACACGGGAUGAGACUGACUCGCCCUAAAAGGACCAGUGGAAUAAUUUACAGCUCUUCUGGGAAUGUGAACUAACUUACUCAAGUACAUGGUGAUAAAGUAGCAUCAACAGUGCCUUUAUCUACCAAUGAAGCUCUUUGACAGAGAAACUGGACAUAUGGGCUCACAAAGAUAAUCUGUAAAUAAUUAGGACAUACUGUAGUAGGGUCACACAAACAUCAUUCUACUACGAUGUAGGCCUUUAAAACUUGGUCCUUGUUGUUUUCAAAUAGCUUUCUUGUUAAAGUCCCUAUCAUUAAGAUGGAGGACAUUGAGUAAAGCACUGGAAGGAGGGAGGAAACUGAGAGCUUUCCCCAGUGAGGGGGAGUAUAUUAGAGAGGGGAGUGAGAGGAGGGGAGAGGAUGUGUCUGUUUGUGUUGGAAUCAGUGGGCCUGUCAGACAACAGAGAGAAGAAGGGAAAGUGACGAAAGAGACACAGAGAGAGAAAGAGAGAUUCCAAAUGGAUAGCAUCUGGCAAAGGGACUCCAGACAUUGUGUCAAAGCCUGGGAGGCAGCCAAUGUGUAGCCCCAUAAUGUAUACACGGAGAACGUCUUUAUAAUCUCCGAACAAGACUGUCAUAGAACUGUAUUGUAGCUUAUUGAACACACCAAAUGUCUUAUUUGAAUGUAUACUUAUGAACCGUGACCAUUUUGACUUAUCAGUGCUCACUGGAUGUAGUUGUGCACUUCUCAAAACGCUUUAAACACACUAUUGUGGUGUGUGCGUGCGUGCGUGAGUGCCCUGGAUAUGAACAUAUCCUAGACGAUGAAAUCUAAUUUUUACAUGUGAAUAUUAGAUUUCUUUGCUACUAUUUCACUAUUUAUUUUAUAUAAGUAAUUUAUUGCUGUGUUAUCAUUAGUACAAGGCUACCCCAGAGAGGCACAAAGCACAGAGCUUAACUAAGAAAUUGAUGGAACAAAAGACGCGUAGGCAAAGUAUAAAUGUGUGUUAAUACAUUUUGUGUUCUAUUAUCUGUGUACACAUCUUGGGUCAACUGGUUUGUCUGGAUAAAACCAUAAUUAUAAUGAAACAGAAGACUGUCUGUCUCUGUCAAUCUCAGUGAAUAUUAGUGAGUUGAUGGUGCCCUCCAGUGGAUAUAAAUGCAACUGCAAGAAUGGAACAACAUUUAGCAUGGUUGUACAUUUGGCCCUUUAUUCUGGGUGAUAUACAGUGCAUUCAGAAAAUAUUCACGACCCUGGACUUUUUCCACAUUUUGUUGUGUUACAGUCAGACUUGAGAAAAGCAGACAUUGAGUAUCCCUUUGAGCAUGGUGAAGUUAUUAUUACACUUUGGAUGGUGUAUCAGUACCAAGUCACUACCAGGGCCGCCUCCAGGCAUAAGCGACAUAAGCAGUCGCUUAUGUGUGUUUUUUUUUGGAACUCAGUCGGAGUCUGAACUUACUGUUGCACGUUAGAAUAGUAGAAUACACAAGGUGCAAGUUAAAAGUGUGGUUGUGCAUCAGCAGGUUUUCCUCUUGUUUUGUCAGUCACUGACAGUCACUCACUUAGCCAUGUCAGCGAACAAUUUUUAGAUUACUAAGUUUGUCUAAACUUGGGGCAUGUGCCCAGGGGCCCUUUUUUAGGACCUUGUCUUUUUAACCACAGAUCCUAGAAGCGCGCUGUUUUCACAUACAGUGCGUUUGGAAAGUAUUCAGACCCCUUGACUUUUUCCACAUUUUGUUAGGUUAAAGCCUUAUUCUAAAUGUGAUUAAAUAGUUUCCCCCCACAUCAAUCUACACACAAUACCACAUAAUGAAUAAGCAAAAACAGGUUUUCAGAAUGUUUUGCUAAUUUCUUUAACAUAAGAAAAUGGAAAAAUUAUAUUUACAUAAGUAUUCAGACCCUUUGGCAGUGAUUACAACUUUGAGUCUUCUUGGGUAUGAUACUACAAGCUUGGCACACCUGUAUUUGGGGAGUUUCUCCCAUUCUU